UUUACUAGCUUGCGCACAGUCUACUGCAAUGGCUGAACCGCAGGCUCUUUACGCAACGGACGAGUAUGGUCGUCCAUUCAUUAUCCUACGUGAGCAAGCCAAAACGACGCGAAGACACGGCAUCGAGGCCAUCAGGUCUCAUAUCUUAGCAGCAAGGACAGUCUCAAACAUAAUACGGACAUCGCUUGGCCCAAGAGGUCUUGACAAGAUCCUUAUUUCGCCUGACGGCGAGAUUACAGUUACCAAUGAUGGAGCGACUAUCUUGGGUCAGAUGGAGGUUGAGCACCAAAUUGCGAAGCUUCUGGUACAGUUGUCGAAGAGUCAGGACGAUGAGAUCGGUGACGGUACUACUGGUGUCGUUGUUCUUGCCGGUGCACUCUUGGAACAAAGCGAGGCCCUGCUCGACCGUGGCAUCCAUCCUAUUCGGAUAGCAGACGGCUUCGACCGUGCUUGUGUUGUUGCGGUCGAACACUUGGACAAAAUUUCUGACGUCGUCGAGUUCGGCCCAGGAAACACCAGCAAUCUCCUGAAGACUACUAUGACCUCCCUUGGCAGUAAAAUUGUCUCAAAAGAACACCAGCAGUUCGCACAGAUCGCCGUUGAUGCUGUUCUCUCCGUCGCCGAUCUCGAGCGGAAGGAUGUGCCGUUCGAUCUUAUCAAGGUUGAGGGCAAGGUUGGCGGCUCGCUCGCUGACACGACUCUCAUCAAGGGUGUACUCGUUGACAAGGACAUGUCACACCCACAAAUGCCUCACAGCGUCAGGGACGCGAAACUUGCCAUUCUCACUUGUCCAUUCGAGCCGCCACGGCCGAAGACAAAGCACAAGCUUGACAUCACCAGCGUAGAAGAGUACAACAAGCUACGCGAGUACGAGAAGGACAAGUUCGAGGAUAUGAUCAAGCGUGUCAAGGACACCGGUGCAAACCUUGUUAUCUGCCAGUGGGGCUUCGACGAUGAGGCAAACCAUUUGCUCAUGCAAAACGAUCUGCCCGCUGUGCGGUGGGUUGGUGGUCCUGAGAUCGAGCUUAUUGCGAUUGCCACCAAUGGUCGGAUUGUCCCUCGCUUCGAAGACUUGUCAUCAGAGAAGCUUGGUCAUGCAGGUGUUGUUCGCGAAGUCACCUUCGGUACUACGCGCGACAAGAUGCUGGUCAUCGAGGAGUGUGCCAAUGCUCGGACAGUGACGAUCUUCGUUCGCGGGAGCAACAAGAUGAUCGUCGACGAAGCCAAGCGUGCUCUCCACGAUUCCCUGUGUGCUGUCCGGAAUCUGAUCGUUGACAAUCGCGUCGUCUACGGUGGUGGAUCUGCGGAUAUCAGCUGCUCGCUCGCCGUCGCGAAGGCUGCCGACGAGAUCCCGAGCGUUGAGCAGUACGCCAUGCGCGCAUUCGCUUCUGCUCUCGACGCUGUCCCUCUUGCUCUUGCGGAGAACAGCGGCUUGUCACCCAUCGAGACGUUGGCCGAGGUCAAGAGCAGACAAGUUCAGGAGGGCAAGUCGUCGCUGGGUAUUGACUGCCUCGGCAAGGGCAAUAAUGACAUGAAGGAGCAAUUUGUCUUCGACCCAUUGAUCUCGAAGAGACAACAGCUCCUCCUUGCUACACAGCUCGUCAGGGCUAUCUUGAAAAUUGACGACGUCAUCGUUGCUGGUGAAGCUGAGGAUUAGACGCUAGCGCUUUGUAGAUAGUACAAUGAUAUAAUAGGCCAACCGGAAUCAUUGCUGAUUGAAGUGCGCGAACCUCUCAUCUAAGUCGACUGGAAGCAAAAAAUAUGCGCGAUCUCGAUCCCCCGAACGCUUCCAUAUGUCCUUACUCGCACCUCUCCCCUUGCAUGUACAUCCGCCGCCCACUGUUGUCUGCCGUGCCAUUAUGGUACGACUUGACGAAUUAUUUCUGGCGGAUCAGAGACAACGUCCGUGUUGCGAUGUCGCACAGCUUGAGAG